CAUAUUAACCGAGUACAUGGCGCUCGCAUUUUGCGCCAUAGUUGUCCCACGCAUGGUCCUUUGCUGCAUCAUAGUGCCAUGAAUCGCGACAACAGUCACCGCCCGUUUCAUUUCUUCAAAGUGACCUCAUGUCAUUUCCUUUUUCUCACACCCAACUCUCCACCUUCACCUCUUCGCUUUCUUAUCUUCUAACCAACUUUACACCACCAGCAACAGCAAUCCACCCACAUCAUGCCUCUUAUCACCAGUGACCAAGCAGCCGAGUCUGCCUUGAGGAAGGACGGCAUCAUUCCCGAUGUCAUCCCAGAAUUUCACUCCAAGACCAUGCUGAUCGUCAGCUACGGCAACGGGAAGGAAAUCGCACUCGGCAACAAGUUGUCGGCCGAGGAAACUCAGCAGUCUCCUGAGGUGUCUUUUCAAGCCGAUGAUCCCAACGACAAGUACACUCUUAUCAUGACUGAUCCUGACGCUCCUAGUCGUAGCAACCCCAAGAAUCGCGAGUUCCGCCACUGGAUCGUCUCCAACAUUUCAGGCUCAUCUCCAACGGCGAUUCAGCCCGCGAAUCUGUCGCAGGGAACCAUCCUCACGCCCUAUAUGGGCCCAGCACCUCCCAAGGGCUCAGGCCCUCACCGAUAUGUCUUUUUGCUGUUCAAACAAUCGACCUCAAACUUGACACUUGCGACCCCUCUCUCGCAUGAUCGCCCGGGCUUCAAGUCGAAGCAGUUCUCGAACGAGACUGGGCUUGAGUUGGUCGGCGCCAACUACUUCUUUGCAGAGAACCCUUAAAUCCCCCCCCCCCCCUCCUCCUCCUCCUCCUCUU